AUGGCGAUGGAAGAGGUGAAGCAGUCACUGAAAGGUCCCGUAAAUGUAUCGACAUCAUUGGUGUUUAAGACAUUAGUAGCCGACAAGGUUUUUAAGUACUUUGAUGUGGAUGUACGUGUUGUUGUUGUGUCUUGCCUUAGUGAGAUAAUCAGAAUAACUAUACCCGAUACGCCUUACAAUGAUGAAGAAAUGAAGGUGCGAGCUAGUUUAUUGCUGAUAUUUUGUAAUGAAGUUCAAUUAGAAAAUCGGGAUUAUCAUCCUGAAGGUCCUCUCCUCCAUGAUGUCUAUCAUAACCCUUGUCUUGGAAGAAAGCGAGGAGAUCUACAGUUGCUUUAUCCUAUCUUGGCUUGUCUUCGACAAUACAAGGGAGCUCUGCCAAUUGCUCAAAAGCUAGCUGAUAAUGUGCCCAGAAAAUGCGCUAGUAAGGUGAAGCCAUACCUGGUAAAGACAGUUGAAACUCUAGGCGUUUCUCUGGGCGAUUACAGUCAUGUCGUCGUGUCCAUAUGUCGUGAUACGUGUGGCGAUGGGGAGCACGAUCACGUGUGUUCUGAUACAUGUGAGACAAAUCACAUAGACGAAGAAAUUCCGGUUGAAACAACUCCAGCAGACACUAACAUGCUCGAUGAAAAGUCUCCUAAGUCAGAAAUCAACAAUGAUGUGACACCGGCUGGGAAGGACGAAAUCAUGGUUGAUUCAGACUCAACAAAAAGUAUGGAGGACAACGACAAAACCAAUGUGUCCAAGGAUGCUGAUGGAUUAAGCAAUGUUGAGAGCAAUGGCCUCGGAGCUGAACAUACAGGUCCUGAUAAGAUUUCUGUUGCUGAUGGUGAUAAGCCAACUGAAACUCAGUCGAGGAAGAGGAAGAUCAUGAAAAUGGUUACAUCGCCAAAAUCUUCUGCUGAAGUAGGCGAAGAUGAGCAUGAUUCAAAGGCUAAACUGAGGUCAAGUUCUAAGAGGAAGUGGACAGUGUCCAAGGAGAAAACUGCAACAUAUUCGGGAAAAGACAAGGUUCUCUAUGACGACAGUGAUAAAGAACACUUGUACAUGAGGAAAGAGAAAUGGAAGUUUGUUGAAGAUGCUACAACAGAUGAGGUGGUUUAUCUAUUUGACUCUAUUAGCACCAUUCACCGUGCUAAUGUUGAGGCCCGAGAAGAAGGCGGAGAGGAAUGGCAAGGGGUCAUCCAAGAAACAAAAUACAAGCGAUAA